AUGUGUUGGGCAUCGAAAAAACAAGAUUGCGUGGCACUAACGUCAACAGAAGCGGAAUAUAUUGCUCUUUCAGAAGCAAGUGAAGAAGCAAUGUGGUUAAGAGAAUUGCUUAUAUUCUUACCAGAAUUACUUAGACCACCUACCCGUCACUAUAAUUUGCCAAACGACGAUAUCAGAAUACUUCGUACAGUGACGCUCCUUACUGACAAACAGAUUCAUUCUGUUAUCAUCAAUGACGAAGACAAUGAAGUAGCCAACAAAAGCGUAACGAGUUCUUUGAAAAUGCUGAAAGAAAUGUGUCCUAGUUGCGUGGGAGAAGUCUACGUAAUUGAGAUAGAUAGUUAUGAUCAUAAUAGCACUAUUGAAAGCUUGUGUGGUAAUUGGACUGCGAUUCUUAAAGAUGAAAGAUCACGAUCAAAUAUACCGGAUUUAGUUCUUGACGUAACAAGAAGUGGAUUGGCAACAGGAUCUGUCAAUGUUUUUACAGCUGGUCUUGGCUUACCAACGGUUUCUGGCGAAUUUGGACAAAAAGGUGAUCUGCGAGGAUGGAGAGAUCUAACAGAAGAUCAGAGAGGGUAUUUGAUUCAAGUGAUGCCGCCAGCUGAUCUCGUUCCGGAUAUUAUAAGGCAAAUUUGCCUAUUAUCAAUUGAGACCACAACAGAAACCAAUAAAUCAAUUGACAAUGCAAUGAUUCUUUUCACCGAUGAUUUCAUGGUGGAUCAUAAGUACAAAAGUCUUCUGUUGAAUGUUCCAACACGUCACGUAAUGGUGAACAUCGAAAAUAACGAAGAAAUGGCACGGAAACAAAUAGUAAGACUCCGAGAUUUGGACAUUGUUCAUUUCUUCAUUAUGGGCAAUGAAGAGACAAUUUGCAUGGCUUUAAAAAUCGCAGAGUCACAAAACUACACUGGUCGCUUUUACUCAUGGUACAUGAUAACGCUAGAUGAAUUUACACCAGUCUGCGAUAGGAACAAUGUUUCGCUAAUCUUCAUCAAGCCGGUAUACAAUGAAUCACGGUUAGCUAAAAUAAAUUCGAAAAAUCUGCCAAAGCCACUAAUCAGCUCCGCCUUUUACUACGAUUUGACACAAAUUGCAAUUUUGGGAAUGAAAGCAGCUAUAGAUACUGGAAAAUGGCCUGAGAUACGGGAACAGAUAACUUGUGAAGAGCAUAAUGAUACAAAUAUACCGAAAAGAAAUCUAAGUCUUCUACCGUUAUUGAAGGCUGUGACCGAAGGUAACGAUUUUACACCAACCUAUGCAGAUUUUCUUUGGGGUAAUGAAAAUGGGGAACACAAAAUGGAUUUUAAUGUAACCGUGAGCAUAACAGAUAUACUUGAAAAAAAAGUUGCAAGAAACGAGUUAGUCGCCACGUGGAUUGUUGACGAUAGUAAAUCUAUGGAAAUAAUAAAACCUGAUCUGCUGUUGAAUCAUACGGCCAAAUUGAGUUAUCGGAUAGUGACAGUUAUUCAGAAACCGUUUGUGAUGUACGAUGAAGAAAAAGGAUGGACAGGAUACUGCAUGGAUCUUCUGCAUGAGAUCAGAAAUACAUCAGGUAUUGAUUUUGAGUACACAAUUGAAGAAGUUGCUGACAAAGAAUAUGGGAACAUGAAUGACAAUGGCGAAUGGAAUGGAAUGGUCAAAGAGCUCAAGGAAAAGAAAGCUGACAUUGCUUUGGGAACAUUGGCAGUAAUGGCUGAAAGAGAAAAUGUUGUUGAUUAUACAGUUCCGUACUAUGAUCUCGUUGGUGUAACGGUUAUGAUGCUCAAACCAAGAAUCAGAUCUUCACUUUUUAAAUUCAUUACGGUUUUAGAGGGUGAUGUCUGGCUUUGUAUAAUGGCCGCGUACCUUUUUACGAGCUGCUUGCUGUGGAUAUUUGACAGAUUCUCGCCUUACAGUUAUCAAAACAAUCAGGAAAAGUAUAAGGACAGCCAUGAGAAGCGGUUAUUUACAUUUAAAGAAUGUCUCUGGUUUAGUAUGACAUCGUUGACGCCUCAAGGAGGAGGUGAAGUUUCGAAAACACUUCCUAGCAAAGUCAUCACGGGUGUUUGGUGGAUUUUUGGAUUUGUCAUCGUUGCUUCUUAUACUGCAAAUCUUGCUGCAUUUCUUACAUCCUCAAGACUAGAGAUACCGAUCGAAUCACUUGACCAAUUAGCUGCGCAGUACAAAGUUCAGUAUUCCGCCAUUGAGAAUUCAACUGCUCACACUUAUUUCCGCAGAAUGGCUGACAUAGAGCGACGAUUUUAUGACGUUUGGAAAGGCAUAACUCUCAACGACAGUCUCAGCAGUUUGGAAAGAGCAAAACUUGCUGUCUGGGAUUAUCCAGUAAGUGACAGAUACUCAAAGAUGUAUGAGGCAAUGAAAAUGGCUACAUUUCCAAAAAAUCUUCAAGAAGCUGUAAACAGAGUUAGGAAAGUCAAUACGACUAAUGAAUUCGCUUUUAUUGGAGAUGCAACUGACAUCAAGUACUUGACAAUUACGAAUUGCGAUUUAAAACAAGUUGGAGAGGAAUUCUCAAGAAAACCGUACGCUAUCGCUGUUCAACAAGGGUCACCACUUAAAGAUCAGUUCAACAAUGCAAUUUUAAUUUUGCUGAACAAAAGAAUUUUAGAAAAACUAAAAGACAAGUGGUGGAAUCGAAAUGAAAAUAGAAGAGAUUGUAGCAAAGAAGGGGACAGAAAUGAAGGAAUCAGUAUCCAAAAUAUCGGUGGUGUCUUUAUCGUCAUCUUUGUAGGCAUCACAUUGUCAUGUCUCACAAUGUUGAUCGAAUAUUAUUAUUAUCGAUGUUGCACUAAGGCAGGAAAGAAGAUUAAGAAACCUGUUAUCGCAGAUAACCCAAAAAGUGGGUCUCUUAAAUCCUUGACGCCAAUCGCUUUUACAGUUCGACCAGCUCCCAUAAAGGAUUUGGAUCUUGAACCUCGAUAUAGAGUGAAAUAUUAA